AUCUGCUGAUCAAAACAAGGAAGUGAAAAAUUUAGAAACAUUUUCAACAUGGGUAUUGGAAAUAUACUCCAAUUGACCCAAGUAACACUUUAUUUACUAGCUUUUAUAUUCUGUUGGUUUAUAUGGCUACCUGUUGCAUCGAAUUUAGGGGCAUUUAAUGGACAUUGUUUGCUGUAUGCGGAUGGAAAAUGGGCACCAAACAAAACCCAUGGAGGUGAUCUGAAGUUGACUGCUAUGAAAUGGGGAGAUUCUAGUUCAUGUACCUAUCCAAUAUUCGUAGGCAUAAUAAGCGCUCCUAUUUCACUCUUUUAUCUCAUAUGGGUGUCAAUAUGGCUGUAUAGAGAAAGAGAAAGCUCAUGGCUUGCAUCAUUCUUGUGCAUGUCUCUGAGCAUGUUGAUGUCCAUACUUAUGUUUGCUGCGGGACUCGUGUUAACCAUUGGAUUCAAUGUUUGGUGUUCACUGCUUAUGCAAAAUCAAUUAAGAUGUGAUGCAGCCGGGGACAUAGAUUUUGAGGCAGAGGCAGAUGUGAACACACAUGGAUUCUAUAUAGAGUAUGGUAUGGCACAGUUUGGCGCCUGGACAUCAUGGCUGUGCUGGGUAACAUUAAGUGUGUUAUCUCUGAUAAGACUCUACCAAUAUCACCAACAGGAGGAUUUUCUCAUUACUAACAAGCAUAACCCUUACGGAAAUUUACUGGCUCCCGCAGCCUGCUGCCGCAGCGCUGCCGCAGCCUGCUGCAGCAGCACUCCCACAGCCUACUGCCGCAGCGCUCCUGCAGCAUGCUGCCGCAGCGCUGCGGCAGCACAUUGGAAUUUAUCAUGCAAAUUAGGCUGCCGCAGCGCUGCCGCAGCCUGCUGCCGCAGCGCUCCCGCAGCAUGCAAAUUAGGCUGCCGCAGCGCUGCCGCAGCAUGCAAAUUAGGCUGCCGCAGCGCUGCCGCAGCAUGCUGCGAGAAGGCUGCAGUUAACCGCAGCACUGUCGGAGCCAUUUCACUAUGGGACUUGAGCUGCGGUUAA